CCCUCAUUUUUCUUUUUAAUGUGCAUCUCAGUAACCGGCAUUCAAACUACAUUUGGAGACCUUUUGGUCCCUGCAUUCACUAUAUCUGGUCUCCCUGGACCCUGCAUUCACUAUAUCUGGUCUCCCUGGACCCUGCAUUCACUAUAUCUGGUCUCCCCGGACCCUGCACUCACUAUAUCUGGUCUCCCCGGACCCUGCAUUCACUAUAUUUGGUCUCCCCGGACCCUGCACUCACUAUAUCCGCUCUCCCUGGACCCUGCAUUCACUAUAUCUGGUUUCUCUGGACCCUGCAUUCCCCUAUAUCUGGUCUCCCUGGACCCUGCAUUCACUAUAUCUGGUCUCCCAGGACCCUGCAUUCACUAUAUCUGGUCUCCCAGGACCCUGCAUUCACUAUAUCUGGUCUCCCAGGACCCUGCAUUCACUAUAUCUGGUCUCCCAGGACCCUGCAUUCACUAUAUCCGCUCUCCCUGCAUUCACUAUAUCUGGUUUCCCUGGACCCUGCAUUCCCUAUAUCUGGUCUCCCUGGACUCUGCAUUCACUAUAUCUGAUCUUCCCGGACCCUGCAUUCACUAUAUCUGGUCUCCCACAGAACACAAGACAUGGAAAUACAAUUAUUUUAGUAAAUAUAAACUGCUAAAUACCUGUUCUCAUCAGCAGUAUAUAGUGACUUCUAUCAGUGUUUCAGCAGAGCACUGGUCAAAGCUUGUAGGAGGAGUUUUAUUUUCUGCUCUGACUGUUCUAAUGAGGCUGUAUAACCUCUGAUCCUCUGUCUGGACAGUGCUGAUUGGCCUUGUGAUGAUCACAUACACUCUCCGAAAGAAAAAAAAAUACUCUCUUGCAAUACAUACUAAACUGAGCAUGUGACUCCUAAAACUCUGUGGUAUCAGCAGAUGGACUGGGGAUAGUAGAAGAAAAGGAGGAUCUGGGAAGACAGGAUCAAACAUACUUUUUGCACAAUGUGGAGGAUUAA